AGUGACGCCCUGUUUUUAAUCAUCAAUCUUUCAAUAUGUUUGCGUUUUUGUAUGGUAAUCCCAGCUUUUAUGUCCUAAUCGACACCCCUCUUAAGUCUAAGCGUGUUUUGCGAGUUUCUGCCGCUUGCUUUAAAUCAGUUGUAAGUUUUGAUCUCCCGUGAAGGUGGAGUUUUCUACUGCAUCACAUGCACUUGAUGCUGCUGCCGCGCUCAGCGCCGAGGCUAUUGUCCUGAAACCAGAAGGACAUCAGGAGCAGGAAGCUGCAGAAAGACGCAGCCAGCGUUUUGCGACAUUUUCACUCUGACUUUGAAAAAGCAGCGAAUUGCCAAGAAAGAUGCGUUCAACGCACAGGUGAAAGAACAGCGAACUUCUGCACAGCUGCAACUUUCUUUUAACCCCAUUUCUCGUGGAUUUGGUUGAUGUUUUCUUUUAGGUUGUAGUUUCAGAUAACCGAGAGAGACACCGCAGUUGUUGAAAUCUGUUUUGGGGAAGCGAUGUCUCGCAAGAAGGCAGCCAAAGGCAAAGCCCCUAACAGCAGCCCGUCAGCUGGCAGCCCAGGCGGGAAAGGCGUCGGGAAAGCUGCGAGGAGCAGCCCGAGCAUUGUUCAGAUGAACAGCGUGGUGCAUCCCAGCAGACCCUCCAUCAGCAGCAGCAACGAGUUUUAUGACAUCGCUUUCAAGGUUAUGCUUGUUGGUGACUCCGGAGUUGGGAAAACCUGUCUACUGGUCCGUUUCAAAGACGGGGCUUUCCUUGCCGGCAGCUUCAUCUCCACAGUGGGAAUCGACUUUAGGAACAAAGUGCUGACCAUUGAUGGAGUCAAGGUGAAGCUGCAGAUCUGGGACACAGCUGGACAGGAGCGCUUCCGCAGUGUCACACAUGCCUACUAUCGGGAUGCUCAUGCUCUGCUCUUGCUGUACGAUGUCACCAACAGAUCAUCUUUUGACAAUAUACAAGCAUGGCUGACUGAGAUCCAUGAAUAUGCCCAACAAGACGUGGUGCUCAUGCUGCUUGGAAAUAAGGCUGAUGCCACUCAUAACCGGGUGGUAAAGAGAGAAGAUGGUGAGAAGCUUGCUAAGGAGUUUGGUGUUCCUUUUAUGGAGACCAGCGCCAGGUCAGGACUGAAUGUAGAGCUGGCUUUCACUGCUGUGGCCAAGGAGCUGAAGCAUAGGUCCAUGAAGGAUCCCAGUGAAAAGUUUAAGCUGCAUGAGUACGUGAACAAGGAGAUGAAGGGCGCUGGCUGCUGCAGGACCUAAAUUGCUGAAAAUGUGUGUCCAUGUGCCGAUUAACCGUCAUUUUAAUGUUGGAAAUCAUUUCUGGACUUAUGAAGGAUGAUGAGUUGUCUCCAUAGUUGUAAAAUCUUCCUGACGUUAAGUUUCUCUUGUUUUAAUCCUUUAACAUUCUUCUACUCACCUAAUUGUUUCUUUAGCUAUGAAUGGAGACCAAGGUUAAAAUUGAACACAUAAGACAGAACAGCUUAGUUAGAUCCAUGUUAAAAAUUAACAUUCUUACUUCUCAAGGCAGUUGUACAGUCUUAGACUAAUUAUUUUUGUUCAAAUUAAUUUAUUCACAACAGGAUUCCUUUUUCUUUUGCGAAGAUGUUUAGUUGCAAGGCAGCUUAUUUCCCACAUGUCCUCAUUAUUUUUAUCUAUAUUGGCAGCUUUUGUUAGAAUGUUGUGGAUUAUUAAAUCUAGUUGUGUUUUGAUGUUUCUUCUGUACAUGUUUCAGUGACCAUAGGCGUCUUUUAGCAGGCUCCAGGGGGUCGGAUUGACUUACCAGCACUAUUUCAGAAUAUUUUGAUGAUUCAUAGGUGAAUAUUUGGGGAUAUGCAUCCUUUCAUCUCACAGUAAAAGCAAACUGUUGUUGCUAUUUUUGGUACAAAGUUACUGAUGAGAAGAGUUUGAAAAUUCCUCUGUGUAAAAAUGUUUAUCUUGCAUUGUUAACUUCUAUUUGUCAUUAUCUAAUGUACUUUUUUUUUUAUCUUAAGCCUAAUUGAGGUAGCACCGUGGAUAGUGGUUAGAUCUGUUGCCUCACAGCAAGAGCAUCUUGGACUCAAAUUUUAGCUGACAUCUUUCUUGUGGAGUUUGCAUGUUCUCCCUGUGCAUGCGUGGGUCCUCUCCAGGUACUACGGUAUUCCUCCCACAGUCCAGAAUCUUGCAUGCCAGGUUGACUCAAAUCACACAGAAAGUGAGUGUGUGAAAGAUUGUUUGUCUGACUUUUCAUAAGUGUUGGCUCUGUGAUUUGACGAUAUCUUGUCCAGCGUGCAACCCAGCAGUCGCCUGCUGACCAUUUGAGAAAGGCGCCUGCUGUGCCAUAACAAUGAAGUAGAGCAGAGAUAGGAGAUGAAUGGAUAAAACAAUUAAUGUUUAAAUACUGCUAUGUAAACUAUAGGUGUUAAAAUAUGUCAAGAAUGUUGGUUGUACAUACCUAUUUUUUCCAUAUUUGAAUAAUUAAUAAUAAACCUUAAUAGUACCUUAAAGGCACUUACGGUGGUGUUAUCUUACAUGUUGUAUUAGAAAUAGGGAUGUGCUGCUGAUCCAAGUCCCUGCAGGAACUAAACCUCCAUUACCUGUUGUUGGUCUACUGCCUGUGGUUUUGUCAGACAUGCAUGGAAACUCCCAAACAGCUCUGAUUGUAAGGAAGAGAGACUUGUACAGAAAUCAGCUGAAACAACUUCUCAUUAAAUUUGGUGACUUUAAAAGCAAAGCACCAAGUGUAUAUAGCAUUUUCUACAAGUUUUGGAGUUCAAAGUGAAAUAUCUUUUAAGCCAAAUUAUCAACAAGUCAAAUCAAAACAGAGCUGGCUUUAGAUUAGAAACAACUUCAUUACAAGAUCAUCAGAUAGGACAAGUUGUCUUAACAAUAAUUAGAAAUACAAACAAUCACAUCUUAGAUCACAUGUUGUUGGAAGGGUUUUUUUUAAGUGUGUUGAGGGUGCAUGCUGAUAAUAUCCUGCAAAGUGUCAAGAUGAACCAAAACAGCUGUUGCUAAAAAAAAAAAAAAAAAA